GCUCCUUUACGGUAGUGGUACUGAUGCGGGAUGAGUCAGGCUAUAUGAUGCUGCUGCCAUUUCAUCAGCAGCGAAAGCCUCCAAACCCCGAGCAAACACAGAAACGAUACCGCGGGAUUUCCCUCUCACAGCCUCGUAGACAUCCUCUCAGCUCGGAGGCUCGAAACAGAGUACAGAGGCCUGCUCGCAGUUUAUUCGCGGCUCCGAGCGAAAGCGCAAGAUCCCUUUUUUCUGGUCGCACCUGCACUUGGAUGCGUUUUUCUCCUUUCAGCACUCAAUCGGGCCUGACAUUAAGGAGGAAGUCAGCCCUGAGUCCUCAGGGGCCUGCCGCUCACCAGCCUCUGUGAUCCAGCUUCCACACAAACAUCGAGGUUUCGCCGCUUUUGGGUUGUUUUUGCGGCUCCCUGAGCAUCGAUCCCCCGGACUAGCCUGUAUCAUGGAGCCCUCAGCAGCCUGAACAGCGUGACAAGAGCGACCAUUCUGUCCCGAAGCACUCCACUGCUGCUCCAACUCGUACCACAGCAAGUAGACCAACACUUACAAGCGCACCGGGGAGAGCUGCAGACCAAGCCAAGUCAUGGAGGCAAUAUGGCUCUAUCAGUUCCGGCUGAUCGUCAUCGGGGACUCCACGGUGGGAAAGUCAUGUCUGAUCCGGCGGUUCACGGAGGGUCGCUUCGCCCAAGUGUCCGACCCGACCGUCGGGGUGGACUUCUUCUCCCGCCUGGUGGAGAUCGAGCCGGGCAAGAGGAUCAAGCUGCAGAUCUGGGACACCGCUGGUCAGGAGCGCUUCAGGUCUAUUACCAGGGCUUACUACCGUAACUCUGUGGGUGGGCUUCUCCUCUUUGACAUCACCAAUCGCCGAUCUUUCCAGAAUGUCCAUGACUGGCUGGAGGAGGCUCGUAGUCAUGUCCAGCCACAUAGCAUCGUAUUUCUAUUGGUGGGCCACAAGUGUGAUCUGGAGGCACAGCGGCAGGUGACCCGCCAAGAAGCAGAGAAACUGGCUGGGGCGUAUGGGAUGCGCUAUGUUGAGACGUCAGCCCGUGACGCCAUCAAUGUGGAACACGCCUUCACUGAGCUGACCAGAGACAUCUUCGCCCUGGUUCGGUCUGGUGACAUCACCAUCCAGGAGGGCUGGGAGGGUGUGAAGAGUGGGUUUGUGCCCAAUGUGGUUCACUCAUCCGAGGAAGUGACCAAGAGUGACCGCCGCUGUCUCUGUUGAUCUGGGAAGACUGAAGAUAGGGGAGUGAAGUGGAUCAGAGAGGGGUAGCUGACGGACUGAGGUGUCAGCCCUCUGACUGAAAACUGGUGGUAACCCUCGUUGUUCUUUCUUAGAAAAGACACAGAAAGGGAUGUUUGGCAUAUUUUAACAAAAAGGCUGGUAGAUCAUGGAGAAGAACACCUUGAAUGUGGGUGUAAGACUAAAAAUGGUUGCGCCCAUUAAAGAUGCUCAUUUGAGGGCUCCCUUUUCUUUUGUUUUGGGCUUCUUUCCUGAAUAAACCUCCCUUGCAAAAGCCUUAGAAAGAUGAUCCAUUUCAUGUUUCUUCCUCCGUUUAAGUCUUCGGUCACCUCUCUGCUCCCUAGCCUUCUCCUCUCAAUAUGCAAUUACACGAUCGCACUGAAAGCUAUCACUCCUACGUUAGUGUCCAACAUCUUUUUCAGCAUUUUCAGUGUAGUGUACUUAGAUUCAACCUCAUUGAUUAUUUGAUUAGCAUCUACAGUACUGUGCCAAAAUCUUGAGUCAGCCUAAUGUUUUAAAUAUUGUGUUUGGAAAAUAGGAAAUAGUUGCAAUAAUGUCCUAAAAUGUGCAAAUACACAAUCCCAAGACUAUCCCACUCUGCUUCAGUUAUGUUAAGAUCCGUGCUCUGGGGAGGCCAGUCCAUGACUGAUAUUGCUCCACUGUGUGCUUUUCUAUCCGGGUAUAUUUGUACUGCAUAGGAAGUGCUUUUGGGAUCAUUGUCAUGCUGAAAAUGCAGAUGCUUUCCAGAUGAUAUUGAGUGGUGGAUCAUAGCAUUUAUUUUGACAAAAUCUCCAACACCACUGGCUGGAAUGCAGCCCCAAACAUGGCAGAGCCUCCAUCAUGUUUUACUGAUGGCUCUUGGCACUCACUGUUGUACUUCUCUACUGAUGUCCUUUGCACAUGUGAGAAUUUGAACCAAAAAUGUGAAAUUUGGAUUCAAAGGUCAAUAGUUCAGUGGCUUAACAACAACCCCCCCACCCCUGAAAGACCUUCAGAAAGGCUGGACAACUAUUGCUCGAGACCACAUUAAAAAAUGACAAGAAAAUCUGGCUCCAUGAAAGCAAAAUAUAGAGAAAUGAGAGGCUACUCAAGAUUUCUGCACAUUACUCUAUCUCCAUUUUCAACCAUCAAAGCUCAAUGGAGACGUCCUGGAGGUCCUAAAUAUAUAAAACGUGAUUUUGUUGCUAUUUUAUUUGACUUUGAAGCAGUUUAGGCCUCCUGUAAGCUCAGUGACAUUGACUACAUGGUUACAUCCACUAUCAUUUUGCUAAACACCAUACUGCACAUCCAGUUUCUAAUGGACUCCUCAAGCAAGAAAAGUCAACGUGUACAGCUGUGUAACCCAGGUGGAUUCUUGUAAAAAUUUUGUGCUGGUUUACCUUUCAAUGAGACACUUUUUAAGGUGGAUUAACAGGAGCGAAAUGGAGCCAAACAGCACCUUAGUAACCAAGUUCGUCUUAAAUGUGGUACCAUUUGGGGCAUUUGAAGAAGGAAAACAAGCGACCUAGGCAAAAGAAACAGAUACAUUGGAAAGAGAUGCAUUGAAGGGAAAUGGACUCCACAAAAGAACCACAUUACCCACAAUGCAAGACGAGACAGACAGAACUGAAGCUUCUAAUACAGGGGAUACUAUUUUUUUUUUCUGAGCAAGUAGUAUACAAUUUUUUUAAUGUGU